AUGGUUAAGGAAAAACAUCUGGCAGAUAUUUCCCCGCCAGAGCGAGCUAGUUUGUUGAUCUUCUGUCUGGUGUUGCUCUCGUCCAGGGCCCUCGCUGAACUCCCAAGCGGGGCUGCCCAUGGCGGACACAAGGGGCUUGGCGCCGGGCUUGGAGGAGGCUUAGGAGGUGGACACGGAGGCUUCGUCGGCGGCGGACAUGGCUUGUCUGGUGGGCACAUCGGAGGUGGAAUAGUCUCUGGAGGCUUUGGAGGUGGACACGGAGGAGCCAUCAGCGGUGGCCACGGAGGCGGCUUCGGUGGAGGAAGCUUUGGUGGUGGACACGGAGGAGGCUUUGGUGGUGGAGGCUUCGGAGGUGGACACGGGGGAAUCAUCGAUGGUGGAAUUGGAGGUAGCAUCGGUGGAAAGCAUGGAGGAGGAAUCAUUAGUGGUGGACACGGAGGAGGCAUCGGAGGUGGACACGGGGGAAUCAUCGAUGGUGGAAUUGGAGGUGGUAUCGGUGGAAAGCACGGAGGAGUCAUCAGCGGUGGACACGGAGGAAUCAUUGACGGUGGGAUUGGAGGUGGACACGGAGGAGGCUUUGGUGGUGGACACGGAGGAAUCAUCGAUGAUGGAAUUGGAGGUGGUAUCGGUGGAAAGCACGGAGGAGUCAUCAGCGGUGGAAGCAUAAUCUCUGGAGGCUUUGACGGUGGACACGGAGGAGUCAUUGAUGGUGGACACGGAGGCGUCAUCGGUGGAAAAGAUGAUGGAAUCCUUGGUAGUGGUCAUGGAGGAUUCAUCAGCGGUGGACACGGAGGAGUUGGUGGUGGAUUUGGAGGCGCCGGUGGCAAGCACGGAGGAGUCGUCGGUGGUGGCCACGGAGGAUUCAUCAGCGGUGGACACGGAGGAGUUGGUGGUGGAUUUGGAGGCUCCGGUGGCAAGCACGGAGGAGUCGUCGGUGGUGGCCACGGAGGAUUCAUCAGCGGUGGACACGGAGGAGUUGGUGGUGGAUUUGGAGGCUCCGGUGGCAAGCACGGAGGAGCCAUCGGUGGUGGACACGGAGGAGUUGGUGGUGGAUUUGGAGGCUCCGGUGGCAAGCAUGGAGGAGCCAUCAGUGGAGGACACGGAGGAUUCAUCAGCGGUGGACACGGAGGAGUUGGUGGUGGAUUUGGAGGCUCCGGUGGCAAGCACGGAGGAGUCGUCGGUGGUGGCCACGGAGGAUUCAUCAGUGGUGGACACGGAGGAGUUGGUGGUGGAUUUGGAGGCUCCGGUGGCAAGCACGGAGGAGCCAUCGGUGGUGGACACGGAGGAGUUGGUGGUGGAUUUGGAGGCUCCGGUGGCAAGCUGGGAGGAGUCGUAAGUGGUGGACAUGGAGGAUUCAUCAGUGGUGGACACGGAGGAGUUGGUGGUGGACUUGGAGGCAUCGGUGGCAAGCACGGAGGAGCCAUCGGUGGUGGACAUGGAGGAUUCAUCAGUGGUGGACACGGAGGAGUUGGUGGUGGACUUGGAGGCAUCGGUGGCAAGCACGGAGGAGCCAUCGGUGGUGGACAAGGAGGAUUCAUCAGUGGUGGACACGGAGGAGUUGGUGGUGGACUUGGAGGCAUUGGUGGCAAGCACGGAGGAGUCGUCGGUAGUGGCCAUGGAGGAGGCAUCGUGGGAAAGGGGGCAGCCACGGCAAGCGUAAGCUUCAACCUAGGUGGUGUUGGUGGUGGCCUUAAGGGACACGGAGGCAUCUCUAGUGGACAUGGAGGUGGUUUUGUUGGCGGACACGGAGGAUCAGUCAUUGGUGGAGGAUAUGGAGGUUCCUUUAUUGGCGGUGGACACGGAUUAGGCGUCGUCAGUGGUGGACACGGAGGAGGCGCCAUUGGUGGAGGACACAAAGGAGGCGUCAUCGGCGGAGGACAUGGAUUAGGUGUCAUUGGUGGUGGACACGGAGGAGGCGUCCAUGGUGGAGGACACAAAGGAAUCUCUACACCAUAUGGGAAAUAAACUAUCGAAGAACAUUAGAGUUAUCACGAGUUUUCUAAGUAUGAUAAGAGUGUAAUAUAUCGCUAUGCCGUGUUCUGGGUUUUCUCCAGGAUAUAAUAAAUAAUAAAAUCGAUAGAAAUAAAAAAUAUUUAUUUCAGUGGGCCACAAAUAAAUGGACUAAACCAAA